AUGCAGGGUGGGAUAGCUAACAGAGCUGUUGGAGCGACUCGUAUUCCUCUCUCUCUCUCUCUCAUUUAUGCUAGUUGUUUGAUUGACUUGUCAGCUCGUGUAGAGAUGAAUGCUGGAAGCAGUAGAAGUCAUUGCAUCUACAUGUUUACUAUUCAGAAAGAAGUAACAAAUGAGAAAAGGGUGAGCAGUGGAAAGGUUGUUCUUGUGGAUUUGGCAGGAUCUGAGAAGGUUGAGAAGACAGGUGCUGAAGGGAAAGUUCUAGAAGAAGCCAAAUCCAUUAACAAAUCACUUUAUGCACAUGGAAAUGUGAUCAGUGCUUUGACUUACAGUCCACAUGCCAAAUCAUUACACAUCCCUUUUCGUGAUUCCAAGCUCACUCGCCUCCUACAAGAUGCUCUUAAGGAACCGACCUUUCUUGAUGGAACAAAGUUAAUUACUAUACAUGAUCCAGUAUCCUAUGAAAAUGGAAAUCUUGAAAUGGCUUUACAUGGAUCUUUUCUUCCAGUUCCUUCACUUGAAAAGUUUCCAAAUAUAGAAAGUUGUAAGCUUCCUGGAGAACUAAUCUUCAGACAUGGAUAUAUAAUGCUUAAUUCUGGAAGGGUGGUAGUGGUCCUUAAAGUAACUAACAAUGGAGAUAGACCAAUACAGGUUGGAAGCCAUUAUCAUUUUAUCGAGGUCAAUCCAAGUUUGAUUUUUGAUUGA